AUGCGAAUUCUCUCCAUUGACAAUUACCAAUUAGUUUUUGUACUACUCUUCUUUUACGUCAAUACAUCGUCAGAUUCGGCGCGACAACUUGGAACGCAUCAAAGUUCACGAGCAGUGUCCGGAAUGAAUAAGAAAUCCAAUGGAAGUGUCAACGACUAA